GUGAACGGAAUUGUGCCGGCGACUAGAAACUCCCGCCAUUUCGACAAGGAAUUAACCUCUUGAUUGAUCAACGAUACUUUUUGUUAACACUUACUAUUUCCGUUAUCUGAUUAAAAGAAGCUCCGACAAGAAGGGACAUGCAGCGAAUAAAAUUGACGAAGCGAGAACAGGCCUAGUUUGCAAAGACUUGGGAUUGCACUGCGCGCCAGACCUCCUGCUGAACUGGCUGUUGCCGCGAGUUUGAUUUCGGUGUGGUUUACAUCCUUUCAUGUUCAUCCGGAGGAGCUAAAAGUUUACUAAGUAUUCAGGAGGACAAGUCCGGCAACCUGUUUGACAUCUAAGGCAUUGCGUAGAAGCAGCAUGGUAUUGUUACCAGAGGAGAGAAGAAGGAUGCGAUGAGGCGGGUGACAAGAAGCGCACUGUUAUUGUUUUGCAACGAGAUAGCAAUCCAGCCUGCUAGCUAGUCAGCUAACUUAGCUGCUACACGUUGAGUGCCGGGCCUGCCGGCGGUAACGCGAGACGUGCUAAGACGUUUCGGGACGCUUGCAUACAUGCUAAGGACAUAUUAUUGCAUAUUAUUGUGCUAGUUUGUUGCGAGAAGAUUUGAUUUUCACCAUCGGCACCCGUGCCAUCCGUGGAUUUGAUAUGGCACCGCUUUUAGGACGGAAACCUUACCCAUUGGCUAAGCCGCUAGCCGAGCCGCCAGGCCCGGGAGAGGAGGUGUACAUCAUCGAGCACACCAAGGAGGCCUUCAGGAACAAAGAAGAGUAUGAGGCACGCUUGACGAGAUACAGUGAGCGCAUCUGGACAUGCAAAAGCACUGGAAGCAGCCAGCUCACACACAAAGAAGCAUGGGAAGAAGAACAAGAAGUCACUGAACUGCUCCAGGAGGAGUAUCCUAAGUGGUUUGAGAAGCCGAUCCUGGAGAUGGUCCACCAUAACACAGUGUCUUUAGACAAACUGGUUGAAAUGGCCUGGGUGGAAAUCCUCACCAAGUAUGCUGUGGAUGAAGAGUGCGAUUUCCUGGUGGGGAAGGACAAAAGUUUGCAAGUGAAAGUGGUGAAAAUUCAUCCCCUAGAAAAGCCAGAGGGCGAGACGGGGGAGAAGAAGCUUGAAGGUGCCUGCGACUCUCCAUCCAGUGACAAGGAGAAUGCAAGUCAGGAGAACCAGAGGAAGGAACCUCCUCCCCGAGAGGAGGAAAACAGGAGAGAGAGUCUCAGUGACAGAGCUCGACGUUCACCACGGAAACUUUCCACCGCCAUGAAGGAAGAGAAGAGGAGAUGGGUGAUGCCCAAAUUCCUUCCUCAUAAGUACGAUGUGAAACUCAUCAAUGAGGAUAAGGUGAUCAGUGAUGUUCCAGCAGAAAGUCUCUUCAGAACGGAGCGACCUCCUACCAAGGAGAUCAUGCGCUACUUCAUCAGGCACUACGCCCUGAGGCUGGGCACGGGGGAGAGUGCUCCAUGGGUGGUUGAAGAUGAACUGGUGAAAAAAUUUAACCUGCCCAGCAAAUUCAGUGACUUUCUUCUUGAUCCACACAAGUUUUUAGCAGAGAAUCCCUCCACAAAGCGUAAGAGCUUGUCAUCUCUAGAAGGUAAACCUAGCAAGAGGCCAAAGACCGCUGACACGCCAGGAGAGGAUUCAGGCAAUGAGAAAGGAGAGAAGAAAAGGAGGAGGAAGAAGGACUCUUUAGGCAUGCCCCUUAGUCCGACCAUUUGGGGCCACAUGCAGCAAAUAAAAAUGAAUGGCUCCCCGCUCAAUGUCAAAAACUCGGGAAGUCCAAAGAAAGGAGAAGGCAAAGGCAGAAAGUCUGGGGACAAGAAAGAAGGCAAGAGAGGCAGGAAGAGCGGUGAUAAGAAGCUCAACGUCCUCAAAGCUUCUAAAAAAGAUGGUAAAGCUGGUGCUAAAGCAACAAAGAUGAAGCAGAUGACUCUGCUGCAUCUUGCUAAGAGCCCCCCUGCUGGGAGCCCUAAGAAGAGAGCCCGUAGUACUGGCCUGGGUACACCCAAACUGGGAAAGCCACUGCACCCUAUGGCUCUUCACCUCCUUCGUUACUAUAAGGAGAACAAGGGCAAAGAAGACAAAAAGAACUUCCUGUCCUCCCUCAUCUCCAAGGCCGCAAAGACCUUGUCCCCAGACGAUCGUGGUCGGCUGCCAGAGGAGCUCCAGGAGCUGGUGCAGAAACGCUGGGAGCUUAUGGAGCAAAAGAGGAAGUGGGCAGCCAUGAGUGAAGAGGAAAGGCAGGAAGAGAUGAAGAAAAGGCGCGAGGAACUCAAAGAGAAACUGCGAGAAAAGGCCAAGGAGAAACGAGAGAAAGAGAUGCUGGUCCGCCGCGAACAAUCACGCAGAUAUGAGGACCAGGAGAUUGAAGGCGGCAAGACCUUGCCGACCUUCAAGCUUGUAGACAUGCCAGAGGGUUUGCCCAAUACCCUGUUUGGUGACGUGGCUAUGGUGGUGGACUUCCUUAACUGCUACGCAGGGCUGCUGAUGCCGGAUGACCAGUAUCCCAUCACAGCAGUAGCCCUGAUGGAAGCACUGGCCGGGGAAAAGUCUGGCUUCCUCUACCUGAACCGCGUUCUGGUGGUGCUGCUUCAGACGCUGCUGCAGGACGAGCUGGCGGAAGGCUACAGUGAGCUUGAUAUGCCCUUAUCUGAGAUCCCCCUCACCAUGCACUCGGUGUCGGAGCUGGCACGGUUGUGCCUGCGACCAUGUGACGCUCAUGGUGAGGAGAGCGGCCAGGGCUCGGUGGACUCUGGGCCUAUGGGCGGCUUUGAUGAUGUGGUGACCAGUGAGUUCUUGGAGAAGCUUGAGACAAUCGAGGUGUUUGAGCUGAGCCCUGAGGAGAAGGUCAGCCUGUUGGUGGCACUGUGCCACCGCAUACUCAUGACGUACUCUGUUGAAGACCACGUUGAUGCAAUGCAGCAAAAGUCAGCGGAGGUGUGCAGGGAGCGUCUGGCAAUGCUGAAAGAAGUCAAUGACCGCAAGAAGGCGGAGAGGCAGAUGCGGAAGGAGAUGGAGGGCAAAGGUGAGAAAAAGAGAGAGAGCGGGGCCAAGAAGGAGAGCAAAAAAGAAGUAAAGGUGGAGCCCGAGCCCGAGCCCGAGCCCGAGGAUAUGAUCAGCUCUGUGAAGAGUCGGCGGCUGAUGGUCAUACAGGCCAAGAAAGAGAAGGAAGAGAUGGACAGACAGAACAAAGAACGCAUGGAGAAGGAGGCUGAAGAGGAGCGGAUGCGUAGACAGAGGGCUGCUGUAGAAAGGGCCUUUCAGGACGGUAUAACCAAAGCCAGACUUGUCAUGCGCAGGACCCCACUGGGUACAGACAGAAAUCACAACAGAUACUGGCUCUUCUCUGACGUGGUUCCUGGUCUGUACAUUGAGAAAGGCUGGGUGAGUGAAAGCAUCGACUACAGCUUCACUCCUCCACCGGAGGAAAAACCAGCCGAGCCCGAGGUAGACGAGGAAGAGGAUGCCGAGUCAGCCGCUACAAAUGAUUCACAAGGAGCUGAAGCUGGAGCUGAAAAGGAUGAUGGCAGCAUAGACGGUGCCAUUAGUGAGGGAGCCCAGCAGGGAGCAGCAGCAGACAUCUGCAUAGAAACCACUGUUCCCAAACAGGGACAGAACCUCUGGUUCAUAUGUGACACCGUAGCCGAGCUGGAGGAACUAGUGGAAAGUCUUCAUCCUCAGGGGGUCAGAGAGAGUGAACUGAAGGCGAAGAUACAAAGCCGGUACCAGGACAUCCUCCACUCUGUCCAUCUAACCCGUAAAGGCAAACUGGGCCUCAGGACCUGCGAUGGCUACACAGAGCUGCUGAACUACCUGCGCAGUGACAUCCAGGAGGUAGCCUCGCGACUCCAGAAGGGAGGCCUGGGAUACCUGGAUGACAAUGUAGACAUCGAAGAACAGCUGAAAGACAUGGAGAGCUUGAAAGACUUUGGAGAGUGCAUCAUCACCAUUCAAGCCUGUGUAAUCAAAAAGUUCCUGCAGGGAUUCAUGGCGCCCAAGCAGAAAAAGAAGAAGAAGCAAGGCGGGGAGGAAACCAGCAGCAGCAAGGCUGAAGAAGUAGACGAGGAGAAGAGACUGGCAGAAGAGGCCAGGGUGGCAACUGCAGUAGAGAAGUGGAAGACUGCUAUCCGAGAGGCCCAGACCUUUUCCCGCAUGCACGUCCUGCUGGGAAUGUUGGACGCUUGCAUAAAGUGGGACAUGUCUGCGGAGAACGCUCGCUGCAAAGUCUGCCGCAGGAAAGGUGACGAUGAGAAACUUAUCCUCUGUGAUGAGUGCAACAAGGCUUUCCACCUGUUCUGUCUGCGACCGGCCCUCUACCGAAUUCCUGAUGGAGAGUGGCUGUGCCCGGCCUGCCAGCCCACUGUGGCCAGACGUGGCUCCCGUUCAAGAAACUACAACCAAGACACAGAUGAAGAAGAGGACGAGGAGGAAUCUGAAGAGGAGGACUCUGACGAAGAUGAAGAGGACGAGGAGGAGAAUGACUACAAAGCCAUGGGCCACAGCUUGAGACCAAGGAAGAAAAAUAAGCAGUCUUCAUCCCGGCAGAAAAGUUCAAAAAGUAAACCCAAGAAGCAGGCAUCUUCGAGUAGUCAUAGCAGCAAACAGAGGACUGGACCCAACAGCCCUGCAGAUAUUGAUGAACUGGUGCGACAGAGUUCCCAAUCAGGAGUGCGCAGGCAGGCACUGGAGCUGGAGAGGUGUGAGGAGAUCCUCAAGAAACUGAUGAAAUUCCGCUACAGCUGGCCUUUCAGGGAGCCCGUGUCCCCAGAGGAGGCAGAGGACUACCUGGACAUCAUCUCCCAGCCUAUGGAUUUCCAGACUAUGCUGGGAAAGUUCAGCCAGGGCUCGUAUCGUCACGGCCAGGAUUUCCUGGAAGACAUGAAACUUGUCUUCUCUAAUGCAGAGGAGUACAACCAGCAGGGCAGCACCGUGCUCUCCUGCAUGGUCAAGACGGAGCAGACAUUCAACGAGCUGCUGCAGAAGCUGCUGCCUGGCCUCAGCUACCUCCGCCGGCGAUCACGCAAACGCGUCAGCCAAGCCCCUGCAUCAUCAUCUGAGGAAGAGGAGGAAGAGGAGGAGGAGGAGGAAGAGGAAGAUGAACCGAAGAAGAAGAAGAUGCAGAAUGGCAAAUCAAACAGGAAGAAAACCAGAUAUGUGAGGGGACGGAGGGAUGAGGAGAGUGAGAGUGACGAGGAGGAGGAGGAGGAGGAUGAUGACGGCAGGAGGAGAAGUAAGCGGACCUCUGCCACCUCAGGCAGGAAGGAUUAUAGGGAGCAGGAUAGCGAUGGCGAGCGGGACACACGGAGAACUCGUCAGCGGGGGGGCCGGGUUGACGCUGGGGGGGCGAGCAGCGACGAGGACCGGUCCAGCCGGCAGCGACAUUCCAAGAGACAGAAACGCUCGUGAAGUCCAGGGUGCUUUUUGUUUUGUCGUCUCUUUGCUUUAAAAUUUCUGUCCCGCUCUUUGAAAAAUGAUCAAGAGUCCGUCUCCUCCUCCUCCUCCUCCUCACAGCCAGCAGGACUUAAUCCUCAGAAGGACUUUUUUGAGUUUAUUGAAUUUCUGUUCAUAUUUUGAAAAAUGACGAAAGAAAACUGAUUUAUAUUUGUAUCAUGUUUGAUAUUAGUGAUGUUUUUUUCCCCAACCAGGAAAAAUGAGACAUUUGAGAGAAUGGAUGGGUCCUCGUAGCUCUUUAAGACUCUUUGAUUUGAACUUCAGUUCCAAGUUGACAACCUCACACAAACACAUACGUACAAGUGUAAUUUGACUCAAAAUGUUUUCCUGUGAACUUCUUUCCCAAACACCAGUACAGUGUAAUCAGAGGUCUGUCUUCACUCUUGACACCCAUAAUCCAGCCAUCACUUUACUGAGGUGUCAAGCUGUAAAGUGUUUGUCCUACCCACAUCUCUGUUACAAGUCAUGGUGUUUUCAUUGACUAAUAGUACUUCUUUGUAGACAUGGUGUCCAUGUAGCGGAAACCCUCUGGGAAAUCUUUCUUGGCUUACAAACAGCUCUAAUGGCUGAUUUGAACUUUUUCUGUCACCGCUCUUACUUCUAAGCAUCUUGACACCAAGAUUACCUUUGGUCAAAUGCAAGUCUAUAGAUAACCAUGAUAGGAUUUUCACUUAUUUUGUUUUUUUUUCCAGCCCAGGUGCAGAUUCAUUGUCAAACUGGGUCAAGACUGCAGAUCACAGAUAUAUUUGCAUCACGUUAGUGCUAAAACACAACCUUCACCUCAGCUCUUGGUGCCAAGAUGUUUUUAAAAGCAGGGACUUGGUGUCUAAUUCUUGGCGUGUGGAGCUGACCAGCCUUUCCUCCUCUGCAGUGCCCUGCCACUUAAAAGAACCGGUACCUCAAUGCUCCAUCAGUUUGCACUCCUUCUGUGUAAAGUGCACCUAUAAAUGCCAGCAGCUGCAGGACCAGAAUUUAUUGAAAACAUUUGUAAACAGUGUUUAAAACAACAAAUGUGAUGUUUGUUAGGAAAAUGGGCAUUUUUUAAUAUUUGAUAUUUUUUGCACAUUUUAUUUGGUAUUGUAAAUGAUAAACUUGUUGAUCUUAAUCACUUCGAAUAAAUGGUAAAGCUAAACCAGGGCUCUCCCAGUCAAUGCAGAGAACAUGUCAGAGUUUUACUUUUCAUUGUCGCAGCAGAAAUAGUUGAAUUAGUCACUUGUACAUUUUGUAAGAAACAUCCUUAAAGCCACUAAUUUAAAUGGAUUAAGUGACACAAACUAUGGCUCCUGAGAGGAAAAUGGUUUCCCUGCAUUUUCUGGUUCAUUCACCAGGUGGUGCUCUUCUCCUGCAGUCUAAAUACUGCUGUCACAUUCAAGCAAUUCAGUGACAGUGCUGAACUUUUGCAACUCUCACUGCUCUGUGCGCUCACUGGUCAUCAGAGGACAGUGGUCAUCAUAGUGCUGGUGUGUUUUUGCUUGUUUUGUAAUAACCUCUACACGGGCAGGAACGCUACUGCAGCAAAUUGAUCACAUUUUUAAAUCAGACACAACUUAACAAAAACCAUUUCAAAGUGCAGAUGUUUCUGUAGUUUGUGUCAAGGUUUUCCAGAAAUGUAUAUGUAUACAUAUAUAUAUAUAUAUAUAUUAAACUGAUGAGGCAGCGGUUGGUUUGCCCUCUUCUGUCUGUACUGUGCUGUGUUGUUCUACAGUGUUUUUCUAGUGCUGUUAUCAUCAAGACCUUACUGAUUUCAUUUGGCCACUGACUGUUUUACCCCACUUUAUUAUUUUCUCUUUAAAAUUGGCCUUGAUUCUGACAUAAUGUAUUUGAUAAAAUCACUUUUGCAAUUGUUUGCCAUUUCAACGAACAAACAAAAACGUGACUUCCCUUCUCAAGUUGAGAUCUGACUGUAAAUGCUUUCUUUGUUCUUGGAGGAACUGCAAAAAGUCUUUUACACUUCCUUUUUUUUAUAUAUAUAUUUAUAGUCUCUAAAGCUGGGUUUGGGCAGGUUCAGAGGAUUCACAUGUAAAGAAUUUCCAAUAAAGGCUAUGGACGACGACCAUAGUUCUCCCUGUUUUAUUUGAGUUGAGCUGAUGAGGGUCUCCUGGUCGGACAGACAGACAUCACUGCCAUCUGUAAAACCUUGUGAUAAGACGAUGAUCGGGGAGGAAAACGGGUCAGCGGUUACCACUGACUGUCUAGUUUUACUUUUUAAUAAAAUAUCAAACAGUUGUCUCUA